UUGUUCUCGAGGAGGCGAGAGAGUCGUACGCUCCGGAAAAAGUGGUGGAAUUGCAGAGCAAUAGCGUUGAUGAUAUGGACAGUAACGCGUCUCGUAUUGAAAAGUGGAUCGAGGAUUGGAAAACGAGAAAACAUACAGCACUUGGCGAUUACCUGACUAAUGAAGACGCGUCAAUUCGUGCUAAAGGAACCGCGCUCUUGUCAUUAGUUCUAUUGGAGUGCUCUAGGGAACAAGUAAAUCCUGCAGCUGCAAACGCCAAUGAAUUGGUCAAUUUCUAUCAUGAUCGAUUAGCUGACGCGCCGAGUGUACCGCAGCUUUUGAAAGGUCUUGUUUCACUACAACAAUUCAAACUUUUUCAAUCAGUAAAGGUUCAAAGCUUGCAACAAACAGAUCAUUAUAUUGUAUUCCAAUUUUUUGCUGGAUUAUUGAAACGGCAUUUGAAUGGAUCUUUUCGAGGUUACUUUUGUUACUUUCCAAUAACUUUCAAACCACUUCCUGAUGAUCUUAAGUUAAUGUUUUUCUGCCACACCACAUUUUUCAAAUCACUAUUAUUAGAGAAACUCGCAUCUAGUUCCAGUAAUGCGAAGAAAGAUUCCAUGGAGAUAUUAGCAGCAUGUGCACCGGUAUAUGGAACUAAUGCCCUAACCCCAUACUUGGAAGAUCUUUGGGAUGGUCUAAAGAUUGAAUGUUUAGACCAAACAUAA